AUGCAAAGCUCAUGCUCACCGUUUUUUUUAGAAAAAAUUGCCAAUAUGUUCAAUGAAGAGGAACGCAUAGUUUUUCUUGAAGAGAGUGAGAAGAAAAGACCAGUUGUGAUACGCGUUAAUACCCUGAAGACUACCAAAAAAGAACUUGCUAAAAAUUUAUCGCAAAGAGGAAUGGCGAUCGAGAAUUUGGACUUCUACAAUAAUUGUCUUACUAUAUACGAUAGCAAGGUGCCCAUUGGCGCCACUCCAGAGUAUUUGGAUGGUUGGUACUACAUUCAGGGCGCCUCAUCUAUUUUAUCCGUCAUAAACUUAGACGUGAAAGAGCAUAUGUCUGUGUUGGAUAUGUGUGCUAGUCCAGGUGGUAAAAGCACUUUUAUUGCUGAAAUGAUGAAAAAUACUGGAAUGUUGUACUUGGUAGAGAACAAUCCUGAUCGUAUUUCUUCCUUGGCAGGCAAUCUGCUGCGAAUGGGCGUGCAAAACAGCGUAGUGAUAAAUAUGAACGUUUUGGAGCUUGAAAUAGAAAAAGUAGACCGUGUACUUCUUGAUGCGCCUUGUUCUGGCACAGGUACGAUUUCAAAAGAUGGUAAAGCCAAAACACUUGCCGAGGAUGAUCUUAGACGGUAUGCUGAGACUCAGAAGAAGCUGAUACUAAAGGGGUUUGACUCUUUAAAGGGCAAUGGUAUAAUGAUUUACUCCACAUGUAGCGUAUUGGCUGACGAGAAUGAAUGCGUAGUAGAGUAUCUCCUUCGGAAGAGAAAAAAUGCAAAAAUCCUGGAAUGUGAAGGCAACGUUGGUAAAAGAGGGUUUACUGCCUUUAGAGGGAUGUUUUUCGAUGCUAAAAUGAAAUAUGCAAGGAGAAUAUUUCCACAUAUCCACAAUAUGGAUGGAUUUUUUUUCGUCAAAAUUUUAAAAGCUUAGAUAAAAUAUUU